AUGUCACGCCCUAGUUUCCACAAGCUUGUUCUACCCUCAACCCUUCAAUCCAAACAACUGAGGGUUCCGGACAAUUUUCUGAGGAAAUAUGGCGGCCAGCUUUCGACAAUUGCUACCCUCACUGUUCCUGAUGGUAAUGUUUGGCGUGUAGGGUUAAAGAAGGCCGACAACAGAAUUUGGUUUGUUGAUGGUUGGCAAGAAUUUGUUCAACGCUACACCAUUGGCGUUGGAUACUUUUUAGUAUUCUUGUAUGAAGGGAAUUCAUCUUUCAUUGUUCAUAUUUUUAAUAUGAGCACUUCUGAGGUGAAUUAUCAAUCUGCAGUGAGAAGCCAUAAUGAAGGGCCUAUCAUUACGAAUUAUCAUCAUAUAUUUGACGACAUGGAAGAUACAGACUCCUUAGAAUUCAUGGAUUCUUCACCUUCAAACCUUACUCCUAGUGCAUUGCAAAACAAGGUUCUUGGUCACCUGACACCUGGGAAGAAUCAAUCUCCUGCACCUGGGAAGAGUGCCUUUCCUUCAAAGGAUGUAGGUGUUCAGUUUAAUUCACAGGGCAAUCACUCAACCAGAGAUAUAGGUGUUCAGUUUAAUGUUGUUGAAUUUAAAAGGUCUUUUGAAGAAUUGAAAUUGCGUUAUCCUAACAAUGGGGAAGGGGUUAGCAAAACUGUGAAAAGGAAGAGGAAGUCUGAACCAAAAACUGUAGAUGGUCAGGAACCCUCUGCUGAAAAUGAAGAGGAGGAAGAAAUGCGCUAUAGGUUUUAUGAAAGUGCUUCUGCUAGAAAGAGAGCCACCGUAACUGCGGAGGAAAGAGAGAGGGCAGUUAAUGAAGCGAAAGCAUUUGAACCAGCUAAUCCUUUCUGUCGAGUUGUCCUGCGACCCUCCUAUUUAUAUAGGGGAUGCAUAAUGUAUUUGCCUUCCUGCUUUGCAGAAAUGAAUUUGAAUGGGGUUUCGGGAUUCAUCAAACUUCAAGUUGCCGAUGGGAGACAGUGGCCAGUUCGCUGCCUAUAUAGAGGAGGUCGAGCAAAGUUAAGUCAGGGUUGGUUUGACUUCACCUUAGAGAACAAUUUAGGCGAAGGGGAUGUAUGUGUGUUUGAGCUGCUUAGAACGAGGGAUGUAGUGCUGCAAGUUACUUUAUUUCGUUUAAGCCAAGAAGUGGGGUUGUUAGAGGCUCCUCCUAUGCAGCAGCCGAGUCCAAAUGUGAGCCACAACCAAAAUGGUUAGAAAUUAGCAGGGAGGGUUAACUUCUGAUAGACAAACUGUGUCAAGUAGCUCUUGCUUGUGAGUGAUCUGUUAAUCAUCUAAUUUCUUCAGUUUGGAACUUUGAUGCUUUUCAUGUCCAU